UCUUUUUUCUAGUUUAACCACUCUUCUUUUUUUUUCUUUUUCUUUUCACAUUCAAUUUAUAUUAUGGCUUCAUCAGAUCAUUACAACGACAGCUUUACUGAAGACGAUGAUUCACAAGACGAUAGUUACUCUGAUUAUUCUGUCAAAUCCAAAACUCCACAGAAAAGAGGAAACUAGUGAUCCGAAAAACAAAAGAAAAGCUCAAAACCGAGCAGCACAACGUGCAUUUAGAGAACGCAAAGAAAAGCAUGUGGUUGAGCUUCAAGAACGUAUCCGACAAUUGGAAGAAGAAAAAUCAACAAAAGAAGUCGACUUGGAAACGGAAAAUGCAAAACUCAAAGAUGAAUUGGAAAAAUUACGACAAGAAAAUUAUGCCUUGAAAGAUGCCAAAUUUACUUUUGAAUAUCCACCACAUGACACCAAAAACAUAACAGCAAAUAUUAUUUCGAAUACACAACCUUUGGAUUCACCACCAUUAUCAUCAACUACACCAUCCAUUUGGUAUUUUCAAUGACUUUGACAUCAAUUACACCAAUACUUCAGCACAACAUCCCGUUAAUAGCGAUCUUUUUCAUGGAAAAACAAACUUUGCUU